CAUCAAGAGAUCCAGCUGGUAGAGACGAGUCAGUGUGAGCGAAGAGCGGAGAGCGAGCGAGGGGAUUCACACAGAGAGUCUCAGAAACUCCACGAUUAACAGCUUUAGAGGACGAAUUUCACUGUCAGCGGUGGAGGUUCAGCAGUGUGUCCAGUGCCCUUUGGUAUCAGUGGAAUCGGUGGAAGGAGAGCUCCGUCAGGGUUUAGUUCCCGUUCAGUCUGGAUCAGUCCAGCACUCAGCACCAGUAAGAGGAAGAGGGGGAGCGAAAGAAGACAAGCUGGACGGAGCGGAGUUGAGGGAGGGCGAAAGCCCAGCUUUUGUCCUCAGACAUCGAGUGUGCAGCGAACAAAGCACCAGCACAAGUACUGAGGACUCCACCUCAGACAGUCAGGACAUCAUGAGUCCAGGCACAGCCUUGGGCACCUCUGACUCUCGCAGCUCUGAAUCUUGCUCAGGAAGCAACACACGGAAUGGAACUGUUCCUGUUCGAAGAACGGCACAUAAUGGCGACAGCAAGGAGAGAAAAGAGGGUGAGGAAGAGAAGAGCCCAGACGAAGGCUUCAUGGGGAUGACGCCGCUGCUGCAAGCCCACCACGCCAUGGAGAAGAUGGAGGAGUUCGUGCACAAGAUGUGGGAGGGCCGAUGGCGUGUCAUUCCUCACGACGUGCUGCCUGAUUGGCUGAAAGAUAACGAUUUCCUCCUGCACGGGCACAGACCACCAAUGCCCUCCUUCAGAGCGUGCUUCAAGAGCAUCUUCAGAAUCCACACAGAAACGGGCAACAUCUGGACCCACCUGUUGGGAUGCCUGUUCUUUCUGUGCCUGGGAAUCUUCUACAUGUUCAGACCCAACAUGUCCUUCGUGGCACCGUUUCAGGAGAAGAUCGUGAUUGGCAUGUUCUUCCUGGGAGCCAUCCUCUGCCUGUCCUUCUCCUGGCUCUUCCACACAGUAUACUGCCAUUCAGAGGGCGUCUCCCGUGUAUUCUCAAAGUUGGAUUACUCGGGUAUAGCGUUCCUAAUCAUGGGCAGUUUUGUUCCAUGGCUCUACUACUCCUUCUACUGUUCCCCUCAGCCCUGCUUCAUCUACCUUAUAGUAGUGUGUGUUCUGGGCCUGGCAGCCAUCACAGUCUCACAGUGUGAUUUCUUUGCCACGCCACAAUACAGAGGAGUCCGGGCUGGCGUGUUUGUUGGUCUGGGGCUGAGUGGAGUAGUUCCUAGCCUGCACUUUGUGAUCACUGAGGGCUUCCUCAGGGCGACCACCAUGGGCCAGAUGGGCUGGCUCUUCCUCAUGGCUGUUCUUUACAUCACUGGAGCCUGCCUUUACGCCGCACGAAUUCCUGAGAGAUUCUUUCCUGGAAAAUGUGACAUUUGGUUUCACUCGCACCAGCUUUUCCACAUCCUGGUGGUGGCGGGGGCCUUUGUUCACUUCCACGGUGUGUCCAACCUGCAGGAGUUCCGUUACACAGCAGGAGGAGGCUGUGCAGAAGACGGCGCUCUGUGAUCCUGCUCCACAGGGCCAGCGCACAAAAACAACAAGGGGGGCGAGAGCCCCCCCGUACCACCACCACAACCAACGCCGCCGCCGCCAGUAACAACUUUGCUCCUCUCGCCUGACUCGCUCAAACACAGAGGAGGGCGACACUGAACGACAAGGUUUUCUCUGUUUCCUCUAAGGGUUCUGUGUGUCUCUUUUUUUUUUUUUUUUUUUGCUUUGAUUUUGUUGUUGUCUGUUUUUCCUCUUAUUUCCUUUUCUUCACUCUUUAUUUUCCCACAUCUAUAAAUAAAUGCAUAAUAAUGCAUCACUUGAUUCAGUGGACACAGGUUCAGGACGGAUAGAUAGAUAGAUAGAUAGAUAGAUAGAUAGAUAGAUAGAUAGAUAGAUAGAUAGGUAGCUAGUUAGAUAGUUAGAUAGGUAGGUAGCUAUUUCGAUACGGAAUCAUUGAAUUGAAACACACGUUUAAAAAACACUUUUUCUUCCUUUCUUUUUUUCUUUUUAAAGAUUUGUAAAGAGACUUUUUUGUUUGGUUUUGGUUUUGAUCACAUGCUGUUUUUGGAUUAUCUUGCAAAAAGUAGGAUGAUAAAAAUGAUAAAAGACCACAUGGGGUGUUAAGUAAAACAGUAGUUUUUUUUUAUUAUUAUUAUAAUUAUAACUUUUUCUCAAAUUGAAAGAUGCAAAUAAUAGGUUUUUAAAAAUUUUCUUCAUUUUUUUUCUUAAUGUAAAUAAGAUUUAUACAUUUGGGUUAUAUAGAUUUAUACAAAUAAUGUAAAAAUAAAAAAAAUAAAUAAAUAAAUUAUAUAAUAGUAUUGAUGAUAAAACCUUGUGCUGGCAGAAAGAGAAAAAUAAAAAAUAAAUGAGGAAAAUAAAGCAGAAAUAAGAAAACCUUGGGAGGAAACAGGGUUUGGAGAGGUUUGAGUGGUUUGAGUGACCUGAGGUGAGGGUUUCUCAAUGAUUUAUCAUGAUGAUGAUGUAGCCUGAACUACAGAUAUAUAUAUAUAUAUAUAUAUAUAUAUAUAUAUAUAUAUAUAUUGCUCCAUAUACAGUGUUUGUGGCGCCACGUGGAGGAGCAGGGCGGCAUGGACUCUCUUCUUCUUCUUCUUCUUCUUCUUUUGUGAGAGAGAUUCAGCUGCUUACCAUGCUGAUAAUGCAGUGAUGAUGAUGAUGAUGAUGAUGAUGAUGAUGAUGAUUAUAUUAAUGAUGAUGCUGAUGAGGAUGAUGAUGCUUCUUAUCUUUUGGGGAACACGUUCCUGGUUGUAGUACAGAUCUAGGGGUUCUGGAUCAGCUGCUAACGGAUGGAGUAGCCGUUGGAAUGGCGAGCCAUUGGCACUCAGAGAGAGCGUUUCUCACCAAGCCAUAGGCCUGAGUUCAGAGGCCGUAGAGAGGGUUCAGAGGAACCAAAGGCUGAAAAGGCCAAGACACAAACUCUCACUACACAGGCCUUAAAAUAUAUCCUUUCUCGCUCACUUGCAUACCUCCUAUUCUCCUUCUCCUCCUCCUUUGUUUUUUAAUUUUAUUUAAUUUUGUAUUAAAAUCUACUCCCAACAUGCAAUGGGGUUCCGUUUUUCCUGCGUUUGUUUGCGGAAAAGCUAACUGUAUAUUUUUAAUUCCUUAAAUCUAAAUCUAAGGGGUGUUUAUUCUGUUUUUCAGAUUUCAGAGUGUAUGUAUUCUCAUAACCUGAAAAACCAUGGCUUUAUGAUCUACAGUACCGAUAUACAGUACAGGCCAAAAGUUUGGACACACCUUCUCUUUUUAUUAAUGUGUUUUCUUUAUUUUCAUGACUAUUUACAUUGUAGAUUCUCACUGAAGGAAUCAUUAAUAAACUAUGAAUGAACACAUGUGGAGUUUUAUGUACUUAACAAAAAAAAAAAAAAGCUGUCCUCCACAGUCACCGGACCUGAACCCAAUCCAGAUUUGAGGUUUAGGGUGAGCUGGAGCACAGAGUGAAGAAGGCAAAGGAGCAACAAGUGCUAAUAAACACCUCUGGGAACUCCUUCCUUCUCCUUCAAGACUGUUGGAAAACUUUUCAUUUCAGGUGGCCACCUCUUUAUGAAGCUCAUUGAGAGAAUGAUGCCAAGAGUGUGCAAUCAAAGCAGAGCAAAUCAGAGCAAAGGGUGUCUCUAUUUUGAAGAAACUAGAAUAUAUAUAUAUAUAUAUAUAUAUAUAUAUAUAUAUAUAUAUAUAUAUAUAUAUAUAUAUAUAUAUAUAUAUAUAUAUAUAUAAACUCCACAUUUGUUCAUUCAUAGUUUAUUCAUGAUGCCUUCAGUGAGAAUCUACAAUGUAAAUAGUCAUGAAAAUAAAGAAAACGCCUUGAAAAAGAGAAACUUUUAGCCUGUACUGUACAUCAAUGCUUUUCGUUUGUUCGUUUUUUGUUUCUUUACCUGUUUGAUUUGUUUUGUUCAUCAUUAUUUUUUUUUGUUGUUUUAAUUCAGAUUGCUUUGUUGUUUUGAUGACUUUGAUGCUCUCGCAGUGCUUAAAACUAUUAAAAAGGACUAUUAGGGUGUUCGAGUUUUAAGAUUUUUCAGAGUUUUCUGAGUUUUCAAGUGUUCGAGUGUUUUUUCGAGUGUGGCUUUCACUGGCUGCCUCCUUCCUCUCCCUCUUCUUCAGAGCAAAGGUUUACACCACAAGAGGACUUUUGGACUUUUUGGACUGUUGGUGGAGUUUUAUAUUUCCACUGAACAGGCACUGUGCUUAGCUAUUAAAAAAAAAAAAACAACCCUAAGUUUAUUGCCAUAGCUUGGGUUUGGUUACGUGAGAAGAUGUUUUUGGAAACUGUUUGUGGGUAAUCUGGGUGAAAGGGCUGUUGGAAAGGGGUGUCUUUAUGAUAAUAAUGAUGAUAUUUUAUAAGAUCAAAGUCCCCAUUCGGACGUGGGGAGCAAUAGACUGCCAUAUCCGCUCCUCCUCAGUUUGUUGCACAUCGAAACAUCGCAAAAAAUUCAGAUUGUUGCCCCGAAAAUACAGGCAUUUUAGGCUCUGUUGGAGCUGCAAUGCACUCAAUGUUACUCUGGGAUCAGCUUCUCUUAUUCACUCUUCAGCCUCACAUCAUCGUCGUCAUCGUCUUCAUCUUCAGAGACACAUCAGAGACUUUAAAAGUGUCUUCUCUGUGAGUGACAUCGUCUCAUCCAGUCAUCUCGUUAUCUUGUCUUCAUGCUGACCACACCAGCAGAGACUGGACACGUCGACAGCUCUGGGGCCCAUUUUACCACCAAUAAUUACCAGCACCAGGCCUUGAUCCACUGCGCAACAAGUCGAAUCCAUUUUUGAGGGGGUUUAAUGCAUUUGUUUUGUUCUUAUACUUUUACGAUUAAUUUAUUAUUGGUGUGCGAGAGGUGCAUACUAUUUGUCGUUGAAGCACAUGUUAUGAGUGUCUGCAGUAGAACCUUUAUAUCUGCUGUAUUGUUCUAAUAAAAGGUUUUUGAAAUUCUCAUUUC